CUUGCCCCCUUUUUUUGCUCUCUUUUUCCUCUCACCGAGGAUGUUCCUCUUGCAUGCAGGAAUAUGCAUGUGUACCAACAGCUAGCAGAAAGUAAUGCCAGACGGGCCAUGAGAUGUGAAAUGCUACGUCGACAUGUCUCGUUGCCAGGGAACUUGCAUCAGCGCACGGGAGCUGACUCCUUCGCCUUCGCCAUCGGGCUGAAUGGAGGCUGUGAAAUGCUACAUCCGUCAUCGAGUGACACCCGCAUCAUCAUCAUCCCCAUCAUCAGCUGUAUCCAGCGGAUGCAUGUCAUCAGAAACAAGAAACAACAAGCGGCUACUUGCCACGAACUCUUGACUUCGAGCAACAGCUAA